AUGGCCGCAAGAUUCAGAGUUGCCGUAGUUGGUGCGACUGGAGAGAUAGGUCGAUCGGUCAUGGACGGUUUACUUAGUAAUCCCGAACAGUUUGAAGUUUUCGCCCUGGUCCGCCCAGCCUCUGUGAAUAAACUCAUUCUUAGCACCUUCACCGCUCGGGGUGCAAUCGUGACACCCACCGACUUUGGCGCAACCGAUUCCCUCGCCAUAGCUCUUACUGGCAUACACAUCGUCAUCUCGUGCCUAACUCUGCUGCAGCAGAAGGAAGAGAUUACUCUUAUCGAGGCCUCUAGUAAGGCCAAGGUUCAUCGCUAUGUUCCUAGUUUCUUCGGCCCGGUGUGUCCACCAAGAGGUGUGAUGAUGCUUAGGGAAAGGAAAGAGGACACACUUGAUUGCAUCAAGCGCCUUUACCUCCCUUACACAGUCAUCGAUGUUGGUUGGUUGUACCAACUGAGUCUCCCGCAACUGCCUUCAGGCCGCAUACAGACCAAGGCAGAGUAUUCGUUGAACGAUUUCGUGGGCGAUGGUGACGUGCCCAUUGCGCUCGUGGAUAUACGCGAUAUCGGCAAGUAUGUUGCGCGGAUCGUUGCGGACCCGCAGACGCUGAAUAAGAUGGUUUUUGCCCAUGGGGAAACCUGGACGCAGAGCCAAAUUUUUGAUACGCUUGAGGAAAAGUCUGGCGAAAAUAUUGCCAGGAAGAAUUUGAGCAAACAAGACGCUGACACCAUCAUCUCGGACGUAUACAAAAGCUUCCGAACAAAUCCCACAGGGUUUGUCUCGGCAUACGUGGGGAUAAUACAGUCGAGCAUGCGAAGUAUCUAG